CGAGAGUUCCCGGGAAGCGCACAAGACAACAAGACGACUGUUAGCUGUUAGCUUAGCCAGUUAGCUUCCAGUUAGCUUAGCCAGUUAGCUUAGCCAGUUAGUUUGUCAGUUGUAACUGAACUCCUUGUCUGUUUCAUAAUAAAGGACUUCAGCUGAUUAAAGACUCCUGCCGUGUUCCCAUCAUCCCUUGCAUUGUCUAGCUGAAGCGACAUCAUCAUGAGGAGGAGGACGAGGAGGAGGAGGAGGGGGGUGCAGUCAGUCCUCUGAUCUGUAUGGAGGAUGUGGUUCUGCACUACCAGCCUGGAUCAGCUGCUGGGCUCAGCUGUCUGUUGGAGAGGACAGAGAAGCUUCUGGAGUCUUUCCCCUGCCGGCCUCCUCCGGUCUUCACCCCCUGGUCCCCCGCCGCCGCAGACCGCCACCUGCCCAUCAGACCAGCCAGACCGGCUCCCGUCAUCACCUGCUCGGCUGGUUUACUCAUCUCCGGCAGCAGGACUCACACUCAGACAGCACAAAACCAGCUACAGAAACAUGAAGUUCACCGUCAUGUUGCUAAGACAGCUCCUAACCAACCAGCACCUGAAACUCCACAAGAACCCAAACAGACCGUCUGCAUCUCAAAGACCCCGAACCAGCUCCUCACAGAGAGAGAGGUCACCAGACCUCCUGACAAACACAAAGAUGGCGUCCCCGUCACAGACUCGCCGGUCAAACGCUCCUGGAGCGUCUUCACACAGAAAGGAGUUCUGCUGCAGGACUCUGAGUCACCGUCCAAGAGGUUCCAUCACGUGGUGUCGGUCCACCGGCUCCACCUCCACCAGAGGGCCAAAUGGGUGAUCGGUCAGCACAACUGGGGGGCGGCCAGAGACGUCGAACAGGUGUGGCGUUCUCUGAGCCACUGCGUCCGGAACGCCGGGCUGCCGACGUGUAACGCCAACAUCCAGAGGGAGCGGGCGGAGAUCUGGGUGUUCUGUGACGUCCUCCACUCGGAGCAGGUGGGACGUUUCCUGAAGGACGAGCUGCAGCUGUCGGGGAGGAUCGGCCUGUCGGUUCACAGACUGGGAAACAUCUUCAGCAUGUAGACGGGAGACAGAGAGACAGCACCGACUCAUAUAUGACAAACAUCUUUACAGGUUCAGAGGAUGAACCCAAGUGAUUUUAUUGACCUUUUCCUCCAGUGCUGUGGUUCCCAACUACUGGGCCGCAUACUGGUACCAGGCUGUGAGUGAAUACUUGACCACUGAUUCUUAAAGGGAUCGUUCUCUUCAAAGCCACCAGACUCCAUUCACAAAAACAUUAAUUUUACCUCACAGAAAACGGGAGUUGCUAACCAAAGUCACACAAGAACACGGCAACUCCCGUGUUCUGAGAGGUAAAAUUACUGUUUUUGUGGAUGCAGUCUGGUGAGAAACACCACAACCACCCCUUUAAAACCAGGAUAUGGUGGGCAUAUAAAGCAUACAUUCAGUAUGUAUUGAAUAUAAAAGCUGGUAAAUCCACAACGCAGAACUAUUUUCUAAACUGCUUUAGUGCUUUUUACACACAACAACAAUCCUCCAAGUGCAGAACUUCAUUAAUAUUUAAUAGAAAUCUACUCAUUAAUGAACUGAACUGAACUGAACUGAGGAGGGGGGGUUGAACCCUCAAACAUGUUUGUCUUUUUGUGCCAAACUCCAGUCUGUUUUUGUAUAUUUAUGAACUUGACAACAGAUCUUUAUGAUUGUAUUUUUUAAUAUGGAUUUUUUCGGCGCUCUCUGGUGUAAAUAAAGGUUUCAUAUUUUUAA